UCCAACAAGGAUGUUUGGUAUGAGACUGACAAGGUCUGGUAUGUUGAAAAGGAAGGCUUCACUUUAGCUACAGUGCUCAAACCAGAUGUCGGAACGCCAGAGCUUCCAGAGGGACAAGUCCGAAUCCGUAUUGAAAGUGACAACCGGAUUCUGGACACAGAUGAAGAACGCAUCCAUAAAGUGAACCCAUCCAGGCUCAAUUACACCGAGGACCUCACGCAGCUCAUCCAUUUGAAUGAGUCCAGCGUUCUCCAUGUGUUGCAGCAUCGCUUUGGGUCUCAGCUGAUCCACACCAAGGCAGGGCCUGCCCUCCUCAUCGUCAAACCCCUGGGCACCACUACCAAUUACUCGGCAAAGCUCUUUAGGAGUAAGCGGGCAGAGGGACUGCCACCGCAUAUAUUUGGGGUGGCCCAGAGAGCCUACUGGAACAUGUUGGAGCAUCGGAAAGACCAGAGCAUCAUUCCCCUGGGGUGGAGCGGCGCAGGGAAGACCACAAGCUGCCAGAGUGUCCUCGAGUACAUUGUUGGAGCAGCUGGCAAUGGGAGCACAGUUGUGACAGUGGAAAAAAUUCAGGCAAUGUUCACCAUUCUCCAAGCUUUUGGCACCAUUCCAACUCCACAGAACCAGCACACCACUCGAUUCUCAAUGGUGGCAUCAGUGGAUUUUGAUCAGCUGGGGCGAGUUUCAGCGGCUCACCUUCAGACCAUGUUGCUGGAACGAAUCCACGCAAUUCAGCAGCCAAACCUUGAGAGAACAUUUAACGUCUUUUACCAGAUGUUGGCUGGCUUGGACCUGUCAUUGAGGACAGAGCUACACUUGCACCACGUGGCGGAGAACCAACUUUUUGGGAUUGCAGCACUGACAAAUGUGGAGGAGAAACAAAGAGCCUCCUUGGCAUUCAGCAAGCUCCUGACAGCCAUGGAAAUGCUGGGUUUCACGUCAGAUGAACAGAAAGCCAUUUGGCAUGUGCUAGCAGGAAUCUAUCACCUGGGUGCUGCGGGAGUGUGUAAAGUUGGCAGGAAACAAUUUAUGAAGUUUGAGUGGGCGCAGAACGCAGCUAGUGUGCUUGGAUGUGAACUGGAGGAGCUCACGGCUGCUGUCUUCAAACAUCAUCUCAAGCAGGUCAUCCAACAGGUGACUGGCAAGCUGAAUUCAGCUGACACUGCAGAGUACGCAGCAGGUCCUCGAUUAACUGGUUUGGAGUGCGUGGAAGGAAUGGCUGCUGGAUUAUAUGAAGAGCUCUUUGCCAUUAUCAUCAUGCUCAUCAACAGGUCAUUUUCUUCCCAAAAUUUGUCACUGACAUCAAUCAUGGUGUUGGACACUCCGGGCUUCCAGAAUCUGGGCCAAGCAAAGGACGGGGCGGCAACAUUUGAGACACUGUGUCACAACUAUGCACAAGAGAGGCUGCAGAUGCUGUUCCAUGAGAAUAUCUUUGUGUCUCAGCUUGAGAGAUACAAGGAGGAAGGCAUUCAAGUGACCUUUGACAUGGGGGAAAUUUCUCCAGCAUCUACAGUAUCAGUUAUUGAUCAAACUUCAAAUCUGUUCAAGGUUCAGGUACGUACGCAGGAGGAGUGCAAGGGUCUACUCUGGAUCCUUGAUGAAGAGGCCUUAGUUGAAGGCUCUAAAGACACUGCAGUGCUCGAUCGUCUCUGUUCCUAUUUUGAGAAGAAAGGACUGGAAAAGGAAGAGAAGCAGCCGAUACGGAGGUGCGAGCAGGAGCAGCAGUUUGUGAUCGCCCAUCAACUUGGCAUGUGCCCUAUGAGGUACGACUUGGCGGGUUGGAUCAAUAAGGCCAAACCCAACCAGUCACUGGAGAACGCCAGUCAGCUGCUGCAGGAAUCCAGAAAUGAGUCCCUCAAGAAGCUCUUCAGCACAAGGUCCAAAGUCCCUGCAAUAUGCCGGUCUGUGUCUGGGCUGGAUCAAACUUCGCAGCAGUCUACACAGAGGAUCAGCUGUGUACGGAAGACAUUCAGCACCAGCUUUGCAGCUGUGAAGAGAAAGUCCGUGUGUGCACUCAUCAAACUGCAAAUGGAUGCUCUCAUAAAUCUCAUCAAGCGUUCUGAGGCACACUUUGUCCACUGCUUUGUAGCAAGACCAGAUGGGACUGAUGGUGUUGAACUGCAGAAUACCAGGGGUCAAUCUCUGGCCACGUUUGAUAUCCCGACAGUGAGGAGCCAACUCCAAGGAUCACAGCUGUUGGAUGCACUUCGUCUUUACAGACUGGGAUUUCCUGAUCACAUGGUGCUUGGUGACUUCCGACGCCGUUUCCAAAUGCUUGCCCCAGAAAUCAUGAAGAAGUAUGGAGCCACCUUUAUGGUGACAGAUGAAAAGAAGGCCACAGAAGAACUUCUUGCCUUGUUAGAUUUGGAGAAGCACAGCUUUAUGUUGGGACAGAGUCAGAUCUUCUUCAAGGCUGGAGUCAUUCCUCGGCUGGAGAAACAGCGGCAGCGGCAGAUCUCCCAGAAUCUGAUCCCACUGCAGGCACUGUGCCAGGGAUUCCUUGGCAGGCAGCAGUUCAAGAAAAUGAAGACCCAGCACUUAGCUCUUCGUUGUAUUCAGAAGAACAUCAGGAGGUACUGGGCAGUUCACCAGUGGCAAUGGUGGCAGUUGAUGUCUCGAGUCCGUCCCUUGCUCUCCAUUAACUUAGCCAAUGAAAACCUUCAGCUUAAAGAGGAAGAGGUCAGUGUUUUACGGAAAAAGUUGGAGAAAUCUGAUCGGGAACGGAAUGAAAUGCGAGAGCAAACUGACCUGCUCGAGGGCAAGAUUUUGGACCUCACAACAGAACUCUCAGAUGAACGUUUCAAGGGUGACGUGACCUAUCGGGUCCUGGAGAGUGAACGUGCUGAAAGGCUGCGCCUCACACAGGAACUGAAGGUGAUGCAGACAAAAUAUGAGAAGGUGGUGAAGGAUUUGACUUCUGUUGAGAAGCAGCUGGAGGAAGCUGUGCAACAACUGCAGUCAAGGGAGUUGGGAACCACAGUGACGGAGGAUGAAUGGAAAAUGCAGGUCGAUUGUACGUUGAUGGAAAUGGAGUUUCUUCGGAAAAGGAUCCACAUGUUUGAGGAAAGGAUAGAUUCAGAGCUACAGAUCAGACAGGAACUGGAACAUAAGCUUUCAGACCUGCAGCAAAAUUAUGAGCGUGCCAAGCGGGAUGUUCAGCAGCUCAGGAGGAAAGGAAAGCAGUUGUCUACGGACUUGGAGGACACCAAGGUGUUGAUGGAAGGUCAGCAAAGUCGCAAUCAUGAGCUGGAGAAGAAGCAGAAAAGGUUUGAUAUGGAGCUGGCUCAAGCUCUUGGCAAGGCAGCCUUUGAGAAGACCCUUCGUGAGAAGGUAUCACAGGAAAGUUACACUUUGAGGGCAGAACUUUACCGUGCACAACAAAACAUAAAGGAAAAAGGAUCUGAAGCCACGAUGUUAAAACAGCAAAUAGCAGAGCUGAAGGCUGAAUUGAGUGACCUCACAUCCUGUGAGCCCCAGGACAAGGAGACGGUGGCACAGAUGAAGAAGCAGCUUCGCCAACUUGAGGCUACAACAAAAAAGCAGAGUAAAGAGAUGAGUGAACAAGUGGGAAGCAUCGAGCAGCUGGAACAGAACCUCCUCCGUUUGGAAGUGGAGCUGGAGCGGAUGAAGCAGAUUCACAUAAAGGAACUAGAAGACAAGGAGGAAGAGCUGGAAGAUGUCCGUAAAUCCUGCCAGCGAAGGCUCCGUCAGCUGGAGAUGCAACUGGAACAAGAAUUUGAGGAACGUCAGCUAGUUCUUCAUGAGAAGCAGGACCUGGAAUGUCUGGUUGGAACACUUUGUGAACAGAUCGGCCAUCGGGACUUUGAUGUGGAAAAACGCCUACGCAGGGAUCUGCGACGCAAGCAUGCACUUCUGGUAGACGCACAGCUACUGCUGGGAACCAUGCGAGACCCUGAUCAAACUGCCAGUAAGCUGGAGGUGGAGAAGCUGCAACGGCAGUUGCAGGAAAGCACAGCUCGUUGUGUGGAGAUGGAGAAAUCUCACAAAUCCACUCUGCAGGAGAUGGGACAUCUGCACAUUCAGCUGGAAAAUAUUCAGAGAGACAAGAAAGUGGCUGAUGAACAGCUGUACCAAUUGGAGCGUGAGAAGUCUGAUCUGCUGAGACGUCUUGAUGAAGACCAAGAUGACCUGAAUGACAUCAUGAAGAAGCACAAGGAUCUCAUUGCUCAGACAUCCAGUGACAUCGCACAGAUCCAAGAACUGCAGAAUCAGCUAAAAGAAGCAACAAAGGAGAAGCAAAGUUUGGAAGAAAAGUUGCAGGUGGCACAGAGUAGGAUUGAAUUCAUGGAAAACUCGAUGGUGGAACGUGGAAUUGUAAGCCGACAGGAAGCUACCAUCUGUGAUCUUGAGAACAAGCUCGAGUUCCAGAGGGCACAGCUGAAGAGAUUUGAGACCCUAGUCCUGCGUUUGCGGGACAGCGUGAUGAAGAUGGGUGAGGGGCUGGAGCAGGCGGCCGAGGCUGAGGCUCGUGAAAAGGAGAUCUCUGGUCACUUCCAGCGGCGCAUGGAGGAAAUGAAGGCUGAAAUGGAGGAUCUUGUUCAGCGGGAGAUGGAGGCCUCUCGUAGGUGCAUGGAAUUGGGGUCACAGGUGGAGAGUCUGAUGGCAAUUAAACAAACAUUGCAAGCAGAUCUUGAAACAUCAAUAAAACGGAUAGCAGACCUGCAGGCAGCCUUGGAGGAGGAGUCAAGUGAUGAGAGUGACAAUGAAGCUGAGAGUGACAACCGGUCCACUGUGGGGUCCCUUAUGUCUGAUGGCGGGACAAGAUCAUGGUUGGGGUCAUCUACGGGUCGUUCGCCCACCUCAGGGGCAAGUGUGGCUGGGAGUCUGUCUCGAGGAUCACCAGUAGAUAGCAUCAGCUUACACAGCUACAGGUCAGUCAGAGGUGAAAUGGAUCAAGGUAUCAACAGACCCAGCUCUUCCAAGAGUACACCCAGCAUCAGAAACCGAGAAUUUGCAAAGAGUCCCGACCAGCUUGAGGUUAACCGACCCACACGUCUGUCUGGAAGAAGACCUCCUUCAGCAGAGGAGAAGUCUCCAAGCUCCUCAGUUGCUCUAUCUGAGUUUCUCGAUGAGCUAAGACGAAAACGUGCCACUGAAAGAGACCAGCUCAGCUUUCAAAUGGAGGACAGUUCCCUGUUGCCCAUCUACCAGACCACGGGGAUUUCCUCACUUAGAAAGCGCCCAACUGUUGGAGAUGAUAAUGACGACUCUUUGCUGAGAUUGGAGACCCCGAGCCCUUCAUCUCUCAAGGACAGUGGAGGGGCUGGCUUCAUCCGAUCAUCCAGCCUUUGGUCUCUGCCGACCACCACUGAAUCUCCUGACUCUACUGCUACAGCCAAAAGAAACAGAUACGGCUCUUGUGAAAUGUUAGCUGAAUCUUACAAUGCCUUAGGUCAAAAGCCAAGUGUUUCCGUGGGUGAAAUAGAUGGGGCAUUCCCUCCUAGGCUAAAGUCUCAACACAAGUGGUUUGAUUUAUCGCUUGAAAAAGAUAUUGAUGUGCUACUCAGUGGCAAACCCAUGGUCUUCAAAAGCAAGCGGUUCAGUAGCCUUCCCAAUGUGGAUGAUGGAAGGGAGGAUUCCGGCUGGAAGCUGCCAAGCCUUAGCUAUGAGCGGCAAAAGGACAACAGUGACAACGAUAUCCUUCCUGCAAUUCGAAGAUCCCAAAGCACAACCAGCUUAGCCAGAACCACACAGAACACCUCGGCAAACUCGGGACCUCUUGCCACUAGUUUUGACAGCUUGCUUUCCAAAGAUGCUCCUGGUUCAGCCUCAUUAUCAAAGACUAUGGUGGUCAGGCCAUGUACCUCAAGAGGAGAGAGAGAGUCCCUCGGCUACUUGUCAGACACCUCUUCUUCCUCUGGGUCAACUAUAUCGUAUAAAAGUGUGGAUAGCAUCAAAAACUGUCCAGGAGUUCAGAGAUCAAGAGGUGAAAAGUCAUCUGCCACAACAGUUGAAAAGGAAGGUUUGGAUGCCAUGGGAAAUAAAGGGGUUGAAGAGAAGUCUGAAAGCGUUGAUAUUAACUCAGUUAUGAUGAAAUAUUUGAAAGAGCCAAGCAAAAAAGUCUCGAAGUGACCCGCCUUCUUGUUCCACAACAGCCUGAAGCAUUUGUAUUAUGAAAACUUGGCCAGAAAUGUGCAGCCAGAGUGCCGGCCCCAGUACUCAGUCAUGAAGAAUAUGCAGAAAACAGGAAUACAGCACUAAAUAAAAAUGAUGGACUUUGGUUCUUGAGAUGGAAUUAAAACAUAAAGUUCUUGUCAGUUUGUCUACUUUUACCAUCUGUUGGAAAGCAUAAAAAUAUUUGAGGAAUUUAUAAAGUUAU